CUCCACUGUUUCUCCCCUGAGCGUCAUUGCAUCACUGCGUUGAACUGUUAGAGGAGAGCGGGGAAAUAGCAGCAGAGUGCAGGCGCAGCAUCACUUCUGUCCAGUCUGCAACUGCCAAGCAGCCUUCCAGCACCACCACUCUUCUGGUGUUUUUGUUCUCCUCCCUUCCCUCUCCUGGUCUCAUCAGCAUCCGUGAAGAUGCACCGUCCUGUCGGGGGACUGACGUUGUUGUUCCUUCUGGCAGCUUUGUGGAUUUUCUGCAACGUCAACAGAGUGCAUGGAGCUUUGCCAACAACCCCAAAAUGUGACGAUGCUCUGGCCCUAUCUUUGCCGCACACAGCCUUCACCAGCUCGUCUGUCUUCUCAAACGGAUAUGCUCCUGGCUACGCCAAGCUCAACAGGAGAGGAGGUGCUGGUGGAUGGUCUCCACUGGACAGCGACCACUACCAGUGGCUACAGGUGGACCUGGGCUCCAGAAAGCAGGUGAGCGCCAUCGCAACCCAGGGGCGCUACAGCAGCUCCGAUUGGACCACGCGCUACCGUCUGCUCUACAGCGACUCGGGAAGGAACUGGAAACCUUAUCACCAGGAUGGCAACAUUUGGGCCUUUUCUGGAAACUCCAACUCGGAGAGCUCCAUUCGCCACGAGCUGCAGCACGGAGUCGUGACUCGUUUCCUGCGGCUCGUCCCGCUGGAAUGGAGCAAAGAGGGGCGGAUUGGGCUUCGGAUAGAAGUCUACGGCUGCAUGUACUGGGCAGACAUGAUCAACUUUGACGGACAAGGUGUCAUCUCAUAUCGCUUCAAGGUAAAAAAGAUGAAGCUCAUCAAGGACGUGAUCACACUGAGGUUCAAGACAUCGGAGAGCGAAGGGGUGAUUCUUCACGGGGAGGGGCAACAGGGGGACUACAUUACCCUGGCGCUGCGCAAAGCUAAGUUGCAGCUGCAGAUCAACCUGGGCAGUAACCAGUACAGCUCCAUCCUGGGUCAUACCUCAGUGACCACGGGCAGCCUCCUGGAUGACAAUCACUGGCACUCAGUGGUGAUUGAGCGCUACCGCCGGAAUGUCAACUUCACCUUGGACAGACACACUCAGCACUUCAGGACCAACGGGGAGUUCGACCACCUCGACUUGGACUAUGAGUUGAGCUUCGGGGGGAUGCCCUACAGCGGAAAGCCGGUGGGAGGAGGCCACAAGAACUUUAAAGGCUGCAUGGAGAGCAUCAACUACAAUGGAGACAACAUUACUGACUUGGCCCGAAGGAAGAAGCUGGACACGUCAAGCUUUCGCAACCUGUCAUUUUCCUGCGUGGAGACACAGUCCUUUCCCGUCUUCUUUAACGCCACCAGCUUCCUGCAGCUGCCGGGUCGGGCAGCUCACGACGUUGUGUCGGUGAGCUUCCAGUUCCGCACGUGGAACCCCGACGGGCUCCUCCUCUUCAGUAACCUAGACGACGGAACGCUGGAAGUUUCGCUAGAAGACGGCAAGGUGGGCGUUCACGUUAACGUGACCAAGGCCACCAAGCACUACAGGGCGGACUUAGCGUCAGGUUCCGGCCUUAAUGAUGGCCAAUGGCACAUAGUGCGCUUCGUGGCCAAGGAGAACUCUGCCAUGUUGGUAAUAGAUGACGAGGAGGCGUCCGCUGUGCACUCCACCUCACCCCUGUCCAUCACAACUGGGGGGACUUAUCACCUAGGAGGUUAUUUCCUCCAGACGUUGUUCCCGCCCUCCCAGCGCUACUACCAGGGUUGCAUGCAAGCGAUCAUGGUGGAUGACCAGCCGACCGAUCUGCACGCUGUGGAAAAAGGCUCACUGGGAGCGUUCGAGAACGUCAGCCUGGACAUGUGUGCCAUCAUAGAUAGAUGUAUGCCUAAUCAUUGCGAACAUGGCGGCCGAUGUAAACAGACGUGGGACACUUUCAGCUGCACCUGCGACGGAACAGGAUACAGCGGUGCCACCUGUCACACUUCUAUCUACGAGCCGUCAUGUGAAGCCUACAAGCACCUGGGCCGCUCCUCUGACACCUACUGGAUUGACCCCGAUGGCAGCGGGCCACUCGGCCCAUUCAAAGUCAAUUGCAACAUGACAGAAGACAAAGUGUGGACCAUGGUCAUGAACAACCUGCCGCCCAAAACUACAGUGACCGGUUCCAGUCGAGAAAGACGCACCAUACUUCAAGUCAACUACAGCGCUUCUAUGGAGCAGGUGACAGCGAUCACCACCAGCGCCGAACACUGCGAGCAACAGAUCACGUACAGUUGCCGCAUGUCCAGGCUGCUCAACACGCCAGAUGGGACCCCCUACACAUGGUGGGUGGGACGGGGCAGCGAGAAGCACUUUUACUGGGGAGGUUCUGGUCCCGGCAUCCAGAAAUGUGCCUGCGGCAUCGACAGGAACUGCACCGAUCCAAAGUAUGACUGCAACUGUGACGCCGACCACGCGCAGUGGAGAGAAGAUUCCGGUCUCUUGACGUAUAAAGAACACCUGCCAGUCAGCCAGGUUGCCGUGGGUGAUACAAAUCGAGCUGGCUCCGAGGCCAAGUUAACAGUUGGCCCACUGCGAUGCCAAGGAGAUGAUAACUACUGGAACGCUGCUUCAUUCACCACGCCGUCAUCCUACCUCCACUUCGCCACCUUCCAGGCGGAGACCAGUGCCGACAUCUCCUUCUAUUUCAAGACCAGCGCACCUUAUGGCGUCUUCCUGGAGAACCUUGGGAACACAGACUUCAUACGUCUGGAGCUGAAAUCGCCUCAAGUUGUCUCCUUCUCCUUCGACGUGGGAAAUGGCCCCGUGGAGUUAACAGUGCUCUCGGCCACGCCUCUCAACGACGACCAGUGGCACCGCGUCAUGGCCGAGCGCAACGUCAAGGAGGCGGUCCUCCAGCUGGACCAGACCUACCGGGCCUCUCGGCCGGCCCCUGCUCAGGGCCACACACGGUUAGAACUGUUCAGCCAGCUCUAUGUGGGGAAACCAGCCUCACACACCUGCCAAGACAGUGCCGCGGGGGGCCAGAGGGGGUUCCUGGGUUGCAUCCGAGCCUUGCGGAUGAACGGCGUCACCUUAGAUCUGGAGGAGAGGGCCAAAGUCACGCCCGGGGUCAAGCCGGGCUGCCAAGGCCACUGCACCAGUUACGGCGUGUACUGUCGCAAUGGCGGGAAGUGUGUGGAGAAGUACAACGGGUACUUGUGCGACUGCAACGCCACUGCUUACGAUGGCCCUUUCUGCACUCGAGAUGUUGGGGGCUUCUUUGAGGCAGGAACGCUGGUCAAGUACAACCUUCUCCCUGAAGGAGCUGCGGGAGCCAUGAAGGACUCCAAAGUCCUCAUGCACCCCCUGACGCCCCUGCAGGAGGUCAAUUCAACCAAAGAGGAAUUGGGGUUUAGUUUCAGCACAUCCAGCGCGCCGGCUAUUUUGUUGUAUGUCAGCUCCAAGACGCAGGACUACAUGGCGGUGGUGUUGAGGCACAAUGGUUCUCUGCAGGUCCGAUAUAACCUAGGUGGUCUGAAGGAGCCAUUCGCCAUCGACGUGGACCAGCGGAACUUGGCUAACGGACAACCACACAGUAUCAAUAUGUCCCGUGUCGACAGAAUCAUCACCAUUCAGCUGGAUCAUUACCCUGCUGUCAGCUACACCCUCCCUGAUGCGUCAGACACCAAGUUCAACCUGGUCAAGACCCUCUUCCUGGGGAAAGUUUAUGAAACGGGGCAAGUGGACCCAUUGGUGAUCGAGCGUUACAACACCCCAGGCUUCAUCGGCUGCUUGUCCCGGGUGCAGUUCAACGGAGUCGCCCCCCUCAAGGCAGCGCUGAGGAGCGGCAGCAUUAGCACGCAAGCCACACAGACGACUGCAGCUGCUUCGCCGGCGUCUUACCAGGGGAAACUGUUGGAGUCCAACUGCGGGGCAUCACCUCUCACCAUCCCACCGAUGUCGGCCGCAACAGACCCCUGGCAUCUGGACAACACAGAUGCAGAAUUCCCCUUUAACGAGGAGCGAGUCAUCCCUGAUGGAGUCAACAGAGACUCAGCCAUCAUUGGAGGGAUCAUUGCCGUGGUCAUCUUCACCAUCCUGUGCACGCUGGUGUUCCUGAUCCGCUACAUGUUCCGCCACAAAGGCACCUACCACACCAACGAGGCCAAAAGCACCGCAGAGCCCGCCGGCGAGUCGGCAGACACGGCCAUCAUCGGCACGGACAACCCGGAGACCAUCGAGGAGUCGAAGAAGGAGUGGUUCAUCUAACUAGACUCUGAAACAGGAAGUGGACCGGAGAACCACACGUUGGCACCAAGAUGGAGGUGGUGACUAUGACUCCCAGGACAAUAAUCUCCCAAAGAGGGAGGGAGAGCGAAGUGUAAAAAUGUGUUUUAUAUACAUCUAUAUCCAGAGUACUAGAAAAGAUGAAGGACUGACAUGUAAAUACUAACUGGCUUGUCCUUUGUAUCGUGCUUUACAGAUAAUUCUAUAUACUGGCUCGCGUGAUAGGGCAGAGUCUCCUUUUAAUUUUUUUAACAAAAAAAAAUGACGCCAAAACAACAUAUUGUUUUUAUUUUGUCAAACAUGAUGUAUAAGACAUUUGCCAAUGACAGUACAGUACAUACAGUAUGUAUCAAAUAGUUUUAUGUUCUCAUGCAUUGUUGCUGUUCCUCCCAGCAUGAUGGAGUAGUCCGUGGAUAUAGCUCGACAUGGCAACUGUCUGUUUUUUGAUUUUAUUCGGAACUUGAACCCACCAGUUGCCAAACAAACACGCAAGUCUUACAUCUCAAAUUGUGAGUGGUCUUUAUUACGGAGAGGUGGCGAGUGACGUGUCAGCGCACCCUUGAAGCAAUCAGUCAGAGGAAAUUGAAAUCUAAACUUAGAUUUUCAUUAAAAAAAAAGGUGAAGAUAGGUCAUAAUUUGGCUUCUCUGGGAAAUAAAUUGUGCCUUGAAAUUAUUGAACCAUUUGGCCUUGUGGUCCGAGACCAAUUAUUCAACUGGUGGACCGUUGGACAAAUAAUGUGACUUCAUUUCUAAACUAUACAGUAUGUUCUUGAAAACAAUAUGUCCAUCAAAACAAUGCUCCUGUGGUUCUCAACCUUUUUAUAUACAAACAUAGAUAUAAUAUUCUUUAAAUCACUUUUUUUGCAGUAUGUCUGUUAAACAGCACAGUAGUCCUAUCACAUAGCGGAUCUUUGACUAGUGUUUCGUUAAUUUACAUACAGUCCCUAAAACAACAGAGUUGACCAGAGUUUUAUUUUUACUUUCAUAUUAGGGACUAAAACAGCAGAGUGCUUCUGUUAUGUAGAGACUCUUGGGCUGGUGGUUUUUUUAUUAGCAGACAGUCCCGAAAGACAGCAGAGUGAUCCUCUCUCAUCUUUGACUAGUGUUGUUUUGUUGUAUUUUUCAUUUGAAGACAGUCCCUAAAGACAGCAGUGUGCUCUUGGCAUAUAAAGGACCUUUAACUCGUUUUUUUGUUUUGUUUUUUCAGAAAGUCCCUAAAAACAGCAGCUUGCUCUUGGCAUACAGGGAAUCUUUGAGUAGUGUUUUUUUUAUUUUAUUCGCAGAUGGUCCCUGAAAACAGCAUUGUUCCGGUCACAUUGAGGAUAUUUACUGUAACUCAUGUUUUUUAAUUCAUUUGCAGACCGUCCCUAAAACAUCAGCUUUCUCUUGGCAUUUGGAGGAUCUUUGAGUAGUGUUUUUUACUUGCAGAUGGUUCCUGAAAACAACAGAGUGCUGAAUUUUGACUGCAAACAGACUUCUCCUGUUAUAUAGAGGAUCUUUGACAAGUUUUUUUUUGUUUUGUUUUGUUUUUAUUUUCAGAUUGUCCCUAAAAAAAGCAGAAUGCUCCUGGCACAUAGAGGCUCUUUGACAAGUGUUUUUUUGUUUGUUUGUUUUCAGAUGGUCCCUUAAAAAAACAGCCGAAUGCUCCUGUCACACAGAGGAUCUUUGACUCGUUUUUUUAUUUUAUUUGCUGACUGGCCGUAAAAACACAGUGCUCCUUUUAUAUAACGAGGACCUUUGAUGAGUGUUUGUAUUUAUUUACAGACCAUUCUUCAAACAACAGCGUGUUCCUGUUAUAGACUAAUGUUUUUUUUAACUGCAGACAUUGCAGGGGAGGAUCUUUGAUCUUUGCAAUCCUGUUAUAUAAUGGAUCUUUGAAUAGCGUUUUACACUCGGUCCUUAAAGACUGCAGAGUGCUCCUCUCAUAUAAUGGAUCUUUGGCGAGCGUAGACGUAAUGCUUCUGUUUUAAUACAAGACUUCUGGACUUGACAACAUUGGCCACUUAACGAUAAUGUACAAAAUAGGAAUACAAGUGAAACUGUGGCCCUCGGAACAAUUCAGUUAAAUAAUCCUAUUUCUUCAUGAAAUAUCAUACAAUUUUACAUUGGCUGGCACCCGCCCGCGACCCCGAAAGAGACAAGCGGUAGAAAAUGGAUGGAUGGAUGGAUGGAUGAUUUUCUUGGUGCUGAAUCACAAUUUGUGUGUGAAGCAUGAAGGCUGUGUGUCCUGUAAACCAGCACCUCAGCACACAAGCUGCAUUAUUACAUAUUUCUUCCCCUGUUUUGUGUUUUUUUCUGCAUUUUCCAGCUGCCAAAAACUUUCCUUUAGAUGUUUAUGUGAUCAAAUUGUUGCCUAAUUUGACACGGGAACUAAUUCUGCCUUCUCCUCGGGCCUCAAACAAGACUUCAAAUCCACAAAGGCAAACAAGUGACUUUCCUUUUUUCCAUACUAGAUGGUAAAUAAAGUACAUCUUCAUGCUCCAACAUGAGAAGGAGCUCCGGGUAUUAAAAAAAUCAUAACCGAAUGCUUUGAUUUCUGUUGAGUUCAAUAAAGAGUGUUUGGUCUUUAAUAA